AUGUCUGCGAAUGGUCCCGCCCGCAGCCAAUCAGAAGUGGCCGUCCGUUUGGCGCGUCACGGCGACUACAGCGCCGUCAUGCGGAUCUCGGCGGGACUGUACUACAGCACGGACUACGUUCCCGCCAAAUUUCACUCCCUCACAGACGAUCCUGACCACACGGUGUUCGUGGCAGAGGUUGGAGACCAAGUGGUGGGGAUGGCAGCAUCAAAAUACACGGAAGACGGGCGUGUCUUUAUAGGCAAAGCCGCUAGGGUCGCUCCUGACUGGAGGGGACAGGGUAUCAGCACAGAGUUGUGCGUUCAGGGAGCGGCCUGGAUCCGCCAGCAUCGCCCCACGGUCAAGUACGUGAGAGGAGUAACGCUUUCUGUCAGCCCUAUGACGAAACAAUUCCAGACACGAAAACGGCAUAUUUUUAGCUCGGCUACCGGUGCGGCCCCGGUCUCUGGUGGCGACAGGACCCUGCUCAGCUGGCUCAACUGGAGCCGACCGGCUUACCGGACGUCGUGCCUCUACAGGACGCAGACGACGACUUCUGUACGGCCGUACAGAAAUGGCUUCCCGCCGGGGCUUGUGGUGGCUACGACGGUAAACCCAUCAUACUGGUUGACUGGGACCCGUACAAUCUAUGCCCAGCUAACUUAG